AUAUAUAAAACCGGAAAUCAACGAAAUCGCCACCUGGAUAAACUAAACUCCACUCGUGCAACGACAAUUUCGCGGGUUAUGUGAUUCACUUCUGUUUUUCACCUCGACCAUUUUUUUUUCGGUGAAUGAGAUGUCAAAAAAUUUGCAGAGUUGUUGCGUAAACUUUGGUCUUUAGAAUCCCACUGUUUUGGUGGGUAUAUCACCCAUAAAUUGGGUAAAUUCAUCGUUAUUUUUUUGAGUAAUUGUAACAGCCAUAUUGUUCAUGUGUCACGUGAUGGAGAGGGAGCAAUGAGGAGAAUGCGCCGGGUGGCGAUUUGCACACACACAUUUUGUUAGAGUCAAAAGAAGAAAAAUUCUUCUCACGCGUGUUUAAAGUUUAAUUGAGAAAAUCCAGCGUGCAGGCUACAGAUAUUUUUUGUAAUUGUAAUUAGCCACUGUGAUCAUGGAUCCACGUAAAUUGACGGAACUGUUGAGGGCAAGUAUUGACCCGGCACAGCAAAAACAAGCUGAGGAGCAGCUUAAUCAGAUUCACAAAAUAAUCGGGUUUGCACCGAGUUUACUGCAAGUUGUAAUGUCGAACGAAGUUGACAUGCCUGUCAGGCAAGCUGGCGUUAUAUACUUGAAGAAUUUAAUAACAACAAGCUGGGCUGACCGUGAACUCCAGAAUGGACCAGCUCUAUUCAGCAUUCAUGAACAGGAUCGUGCCAUGAUACGUGAUGCCAUUGUUGAUGCUGUUGUACAUGCACCGGAGCUCGUACGUGUUCAAUUGGCUGUUUGCAUCAGCAACAUCGUUAAACAUGAUUUUCCAGGGCGUUGGACUCAAAUCGUCGAUAAAAUAACGAUUUAUCUGCAGAAUCCAGACGCUUCAUGUUGGCCUGGAGUUCUUCUGGCGCUCUAUCAACUUGUUAAAAAUUUCGAGCACAAGAAAGCAGAGGAACGAGGUCCUUUAAACGAAGCGAUGAAUUUACUGUUCCCCAUGAUCUAUCAGCUGAUCUUACGUCUCCUACCAGAUCCGUCUGAGCAAUCGGUCCUCCUUCAGAAGCAAAUACUCAAAAUAUUUUUCGCCCUGACACAGUAUUCUCUUCCCCUGGAUUUAAUUUCGAAGGAGGUAUUCUCCCAAUGGAUGGACGUUGUUAGACAAGUGGCUGACAGGCCAGUGCCUCGAUCACUCACGAAUGGUCCCGAUCUCGACGAGGAUGAACGCGCCGAAUUACCCUGGUGGAAGUGCAAAAAAUGGGCCCUCCACAUUCUCUAUCGUAUGUUCGAGAGAUAUGGCAGUCCAGGCGUUGUAACCAAAGAGUACAAAGAAUUUGCUGAAUGGUACUUACGAACAUUCAGUGGUGGUAUACUCGAAGUACUUCUCAAAAUACUUGAUCAGUACAGGCGAAAGAUCUAUGUAUCCCCGAGGGUUAUUCAACAGUCCUUAAAUUAUAUAAAGCAGGGUGUGAGUCACGCGUUCUCCUGGAAAUUUCUGAAGCCACACAUGUUUGAGAUUAUCAGAGAUGUUCUCUUUCCAAUUCUCUGUUAUUCAGCGUCUGAUGAGGAGAUGUGGAACAGUGACCCUUACGAAUACAUUCGUGUAAAGUUUGAUAUAUUCGAGGACUUUGUGUCACCAGUAACAGCAGCCCAGACUCUGCUGCAGGCAGCUUGCAAGAAACGUAAGGACAUGCUUCAGAAAACAAUGCAGUUUUGUAUGGAAGUGCUGACGAGUCCAAAUGCCGAUCCCAGACAAAAAGAUGGUGCUCUGCAUAUGGUCGGUACUUUAGCUGAUAUUCUUCUCGAGAAGAAGCUGUAUAAGGACCAGAUGGACAAAAUGCUGGUGCAGUACGUUUUUCCAGAGUUCGUCAAUCCCCAUGGGCACAUGAGGGCACGUGCUUGCUGGGUCCUCCAGAAUUUCUCAGAUAUAAAAUUCAAACAAGAAGCCAUUCUCGUCGAGGCCAUUCGAUUGGCCACAAAUGCACUCCUCCAUGAGCAAGAAAUUCCGGUUAAAGCCGAGGCAGCAAUGUGCGUGCUGACACUUUUAACAGCUCAAGAUAAAGCCAAGAAAUACAUUGAACCACUGAUAAGGCAGAUAACCCUUGAGUUGCUCAAUAUAAUAAGAGAAACGGAGAACGAUGAGUUAACGAAUGUAAUGCAGAAGAUAGUGUGCACCUAUACUGAGCAAUUGAUGCCGCUAGCUGUUGAGAUAUGUCAGCACUUGGCGACAACAUUUAGUCAGGUACUGGAGACAGACGAGGGGAGCGAUGAGAAAGCUAUCACUGCGAUGGGUCUUCUCAACACAAUUGCAACGCUACUCGCGGUUAUGGAGGAUCAGCCUCAGAUAAUGGCACAGCUGCAGCCGACAGUUCUCCAAGUUGUCGCUCAUAUUUUUGGACAGAGUGUUAUUGAGUUUUAUGAAGAGGCACUUUCUCUCGUUUACGAUCUCACUGGUAAAUCUAUAUCUGAGGACAUGUGGAAGGUUUUGGAGCUGAUGUACCAGCUGUUCCAGCAGAAGGAUGGCUUUGAUUACUUCACUGACAUGAUGCCAGCACUUCAUAACUACAUCACAGUCGACACUCCAGCGUUUCUCUCCAAUGAAAAUCAUAUUUUAGCCAUGUUCAAUAUGUGCAAAACUAUAUUGACUGAAGAUGCUGGGGAGGAUCCAGAGUGUCAUGCAGCCAAACUUCUGGAAGUUAUUAUUCUGCAGUGCAAGGGACAGAUAGAUCAGUGUAUACCGUCCAUUGUGCGACUUGUCCUCGUACGUUUGACCAGAGAAGUUAAGACAUCCGAAUUGAGAACUAUGUGUCUUCAGGUUGUCAUAGCAGCUCUGUACUACAAUCCGACGUUGUGUCUGGAGGCUAUGGAUGGACUCCAGGGGAGUCUCGGUCAAUCUACCGAACCGAUUGCCUCUCACUUCAUCAAGCAGUGGAUUCACGACACGGAUUGCUUUCUGGGCCUUCACGAUCGCAAACUCUGUGUCCUUGGAUUAUGCACUCUCAUCAGCAUGGGUCCAGCCAGACCUCCAGCUGUCAAUGAAUGCGCUCAACAAAUUAUUCCAUCUUUGAUUUUACUUUUUGAUGGUCUUAAGCGAGCCUAUGCUGCUAAAGUCGCCGAGAACGAGGAGGAGCCGGAGGACGAGGAGGAGAGUGACUUCGAGGAGGAGGUUCUGUCGUCAGACGAGGAUGAGAUUGACGACGCUAGUCAGGACUAUCUGGAAAAGCUGCAAGGCAAAGUGACGAGGGCAGCUGGUGCACAUGAAUUCAAUGUCAAUGCGUCGAUACAGGAUGGACAUGGUGAGCACAAGUCAGAUGAUGAGGAUAACGAUGACUCGGAUUUUGAGGCAAACGAGGAGACUACCCUAGAGUGCUACAUCACACCUUUAGAUUUUGAUGGCAAUAAUCAGGAUGAGUACGUCGUUUUCAACGAAGUUAUGCAAGAUAUUGAGAGAACAGAUAGACAGUGGUACACAGCAUUAACCAGCCAUCUGACGUCAGAUCAGAGGAAAGCCCUCCACGAGGUGAUUGUACUUGCGGAUCAACGCAAAGCUGCCCUAGAGAGUAAAAGAAUCGAACAGAGUGGUGGAUAUGCCUUCCACUCCCAGACUGUGCCGACUUCAUUUAAUUUCGGUGGUACGCCCUUAGGUCGAUAAAAAUAAGUUUUUCUUAACAGUUAUAUUUCUAGAACACGUAUAAGUAAGUAAAGAAGGAAUAAAAUUAAUCAUGAAACAUUCGAGUACAUCUGAUCGAUGGGCAAAGUACGAAUAAAGAAUUUUCAAAACGAGGAUUUAACAGAGAAAUGAAUGGAAGCAAAACACUUAUAGCGCACGAUUGUAAACAUGACCACUUCGAAGACAUUACGCAUCCUAUUUACUAUUUUUGUGUAAAGUGAAAGAUCUUGUACAUUAAAUGCACUCUUUGCAUAAUCACAAUCGUGAUGAAGCCUAUGUCAAAAAAAAUUUAACAAAUUACGAAUAAGAAUGAUUUGAUGGGUCGAACAGUGAGGCAAUAAAAUGAGUCUGAGCCGGUGGAUUUUGUACAUUGUGGAACCGACGGAGUUAACGAUAAUGCUUUUGUCAAAAUACAGAAACCACUGGUCGUGGUAUGUAUUGAUUUUACAUAAAUGCUUUGGAUACUAAUUUAUUUCCACUAGUACUCCGUUUAGUGAAUCUCCUUCUUUUCAUUUUUCGAAUAGUUUUUAAAUAAUUCUCAUUCAUGGUUGCAGUUUAACCAGACACAGUAUCCGCUAGAAGCGAAAAGUUACGUUAAUCAUACCGAAAAUUUUAGUUGACCUUCAUUUUUCGUUUUUGUUUUUGCAAGCUGAAGGAUCUUCAGAGGAAAUUGAGUUGAUGUGGUAUUUGUUAAGAAAAAACUGUUAAAUCGUUGGUUUUAAAUAUAUCAAAAAGCUACUUUUAAUAUGAAGAAUUGAUUUUUAAUCUCAAUUCGUACUAAGAUUUGUUUAUAUUUUCUGCGAUCGCCUGACCUGGUACAAUUGAAUUGUGGAAACCAAGUGCAACAGGAGUAAUAAAAAGCCCAGUCAAAGCCAAAAAAAAAAA